AUGAAUCCAUUUUUUAUUGGUAUUGAAGGUGGUGCAACAAAAACUGAAGGGGUUUUAAUUGAUGAGACUGGUAAGGUUUAUGUGACAAUAAAAGCAGGGCCAUCAAAUCCUUGGAUCAUUGGAUUUGAGAAUUCGGCUAAAUUAUUAAAGCAACUAAUGGAAGAUAUUACCGCUAAAGACGAAGUUAGUUGGGACCAAAUUGUCAGUGUUGGUAUGUGUUUAAGUGGUACUGGACAAAGUGAACCUCAAUCAAAUUUACGACAUGAACUUCAAUCGCUCAAUGUUGAUACAAGUAAAAUUUCCAUUGGUGAAGAUAUGUUAGGACCUGUACCAAAUGGUGGAGUUGUUAUUAUUGCUGGCACAGGUUCAAAUUGUGUUGUUUAUAAUGCAGAUGGUUCGAGUAAACGAGCAGGCGGAUGGGGGCAUUUAUUAGGUGACGAAGGAAGUGCAUAUUGGAUUGCUCAACGAGCUAUAAAACGUGUUUUUGAUCAUACAGAUAAUUUAAAUUUAUCGCGUCAUGAUUUAACAAGAUUAAGAGAUGAAAUAAAAGCAUAUUUUAAAGUUCAAGAACUGAGUCAACUUUUAAAUCAUUUUUAUAAAAAUUUUCAAAAAGAUUUGAUUGCACGUUUUACUGAAGUUAUUGCUGAAUUAGCUUCAAAUAAUAAUGAUGAAGCAUGUCAAGAAUUAUUGAAAGAGGCUGGUUAUAUGUUAGGUGCACAUCUUCGAGCGAUUUCACCUUAUAUUGAAAAACAGUUGUAUGAUCAUGGAAAAUUACGUGUUGUAGCAGUUGGUUCAGUUUUUCAUAGUUGGAAAUUUUUAAAACCAGGUAAAUAA